CAGGAGCCGGCGGCGGCGGUGGGGUCGGCUCCGCGGGCCCGCGCUCCGCACCUGCUCGCCUCGGUCUGCGCGGUGGCGGCGGCCGCGGCGGCUUCUGCGCCCCCUGGGGGAGCGGGGCGGCGGCGGCGCGGCAGGUUAUUCAGCAAUAGUUAUGAACUCCCGUUUACGAGCCUUAGGUGGGAGGAUAAAUAACAUACGAGCAUCGGAACUACCGAAAGAGAAAACGCGAUCAGAGAUAAUCUGUAACGUUCACUUUUUGGAUGGCUCAGUACAAAGCUUCAAAGUCAACAAACAAGACACUGGACAGAUUUUGUUGGAUAUGACCUAUAACCAGUUGGGUGUGACAGAGAAGGAAUAUUUUGGUUUACAGCAAAAUGAAACUUCAGUAGAUUCACCUUUUUUCAUUUCACAGCGAUGGCUUGAACCAAACAAACCUAUUAGAAAACAGUUAAAAGGAGGUUUUCCCUGCACCCUUCGUUUUCGUGUAAGGUUUUUUAUACCUGAUCCUAACACACUUCAGCAAGAGCGAACCAGGCACUUAUUCUUCCUGCAAUUGAAGACUGAUAUUGUGGAAGGAAGGUUAUCAUGCCCCAUUAGUUCUGCUGUUGUCCUGGCAUCCUAUGCAGUACAGUCACAACUUGGAGAUUAUAACGCUUCAAUACAUCAUUCAGGAUAUCUGUCAAAUUACAACUUUAUACCAGAGCAGAACAAAGAUUUUCUUAUCAAAGUAGAAUCACUACAUGAGCAACACAGUGGCCUCAAGCAAUCUGAAGCAGAGUCCUGCUACAUAAAUAUAGCUCGAACGCUUGAAUUCUAUGGCGUGGAGUUGCACAGUGGUAGAGAUCUCCAUAACCUAGAUCUCAUGAUUGGGAUUGCAUCCGGUGGAAUUGCUGUAUAUAGAAAACUCAUCUGCACAAGCUUCUAUCCCUGGGUGAACAUAUUAAAAAUUUCCUUUAAAAGGAAAAAGUUUUUUAUACAACAACGGCAAAAACAUAAUGAAUCCAGAGAGCAUAUUGUUGCCUUCAACAUGUUAAAUUACAGAGCAUGCAAGAAUCUAUGGAAAUCUUGUGUAGAGCAUCACACGUUUUUUCAGGCAAAGAAGUCCCUACCUCAUGAAAAAAAGAUAUUGUCACAUUAUUGGACGCUGGGUUCUAGAAAUCCAGCAAAGUCUGUAAACAGCCAGUACUGCAGAAAAGUUAUAGGUGGGAUGGUUUGGAACCCAUCUAUGAGGCGAUCUUUAUCUGUUGAGCAUCUAGAGACCAAAAGCCUUCCUUCUCGAUCACCUCCUGUUACCCCUAACUGGCGGAGUCCUAGACUACGUCAUGAAAUUCGUAAACCACGACACUCGUCUGUAGAUAACCUUACAAAUGAGAUUAGUUAUAUUACUGAAACCGAGGAUGUUUUUUAUACAUAUAAGGGUUCUCCAACAUCAAAGGACAGUGAUUCAGAGUUCUCUCAGAACCGUAGUCCACAGAGGAGGUCAUCUGAACAAGAAUCACCAAAGAAUGUAUUGGGAAACAGUCCAAUGCGGAAUUCUGUGACCCACAUCUCACCUAAAGCCUUGGCUCAGUCUCCCAAUGGAGUUGGUAACAUUUCUGGCCCUUACCCAUUGGAAGGGGUGGAUAAACAGUUCUUAGAAACAUAUGACAACGUUACAAGGAGUAGCUCAACAGAAGAUUCCAACCAGUACUACUGUGAUAAGAAUGAUCUAAUUGAGGGAGAUUUACUUCUGGUGCGUAUCAUACCAGAUGAAGAUGGGAAGUUUGGAUUUAAUCUAAAGGGUGGUGUAGAUCAGAAAAUGCCAUUAGUGGUAUCAAGAAUAACUCCAGGAUCACCUGCUGAUAAAUGCAUUCCAAAACUGAAUGAAGGUGAUCAGAUAGUAUUAAUUAAUGGCAGAGAUAUCUCAGAGCACACACAUGACCAGGUGGUCAUGUUCAUAAAAGCCAGCAGAGAAUCUCACACGCGAGAGCUUGCACUUUUGGUCAGGCGGAAAGUAGUUAAACAGUUUGUGGAGCCUAAAUCAGAAGAUGAAGUUGAUUCCCACAAUCUCCCAGAAUCUCUUCUUCCUACCUGUUCUGAAUAUGGUGAUGAUACACUGGAGGACUCUAUGGAGCAGCUAAGAAGAGGGCUGGAAAGUGGGACUGUCCUUAUUCAGUUUGAGCAACUUUAUAGAAAGAAACCAGGGUUGGCUGUUACAUGUGCAAAGGUACCUCAGAAUAUGGACAAGAACAGAUACAAAGAUGUUCUGCCCUAUGAUGCCACGAGGAUAAUAUUGCAAGGAGAUGAAGAUUACAUUAAUGCAAAUUACGUUAAUAUGGAAAUUCCCUCUGCGGGCAUUGUGAACAGAUACAUUGCUACUCAGGGGCCUCUUCCACACACAUGUGCGCACUUCUGGCAAGUAGUCUGGGAUCACAAGUUGUCACUCAUCAUCAUGUUAACAACUCUCACUGAACGAGGACGGACCAAAUGUCAUCAGUAUUGGCCUGAUCCACCAGAUGUAAUGGAAUAUGGCAGCUUUCGUGUCAGAUGCCACUCUGAAGAUUGUACAAUUGCUUAUGUUGUUAGAGAAAUGGUGAUUACAAAUGUUGAGACAGAACAACAACACACUGUCACCCAUCUCCAGUAUGUUGCUUGGCCCGAUCAUGGUGUUCCUGAUGACUCAAUGGACUUCUUGGAGUUUGUGACCUGUAUGAGGCCCAAGAGAGUAGAAAAUGAGCCGGUUCUUGUACACUGCAGCGCUGGAAUCGGUCGCACUGGUGUAUUGGUCACUAUGGAAACAGCCAUGUGCUUAAUUGAAAGAAACCAACCUGUCUAUCCGCUGGAUAUUGUACGAAAAAUGCGAGACCAGCGAGCUAUGAUGGUGCAAACAUCAAGUCAGUACAAAUUUGUUUGUGAAGCUAUUCUUCGUGUUUACAAAGAAGGAUUGGUUCGACCACUGGAAUCCAGUUAGCACAGCAGUGAAGGAUGAAUUCUUUCCCCCCCCCUAAAAAGACUGCUCUUUAAAUAAAACAAGGGCUUGUUUCUGAAAGCAACUAGAAUGGACUAGAAGCCCAUGAAAAGGCAGAUGAGCACAUUUGAACUGUGGCACUUUAAAUUUCCCAAGAAGAUUGCUAAAUCAUGUACAGUAUGAUGAAAUCAUGUAGAUAAAUAUGAGAGCAAUUGUGUGUAAUAUGCUUUAUUCACAUAGACAGCCAUAAACAAUCAUGGAAACCUUAAUACAUCUUUUACUGCCUUAAAACACCCUUCAGUCUGGAAGUUACAAACAUCCUUGUGUCCUUUGAAAUAGCAAAAAGAAGACUCAUAGUAUUGAAAUGAUUCAGCUUAAGAAGGUAUUUGGUAUCUUGGUAUGGAAGUUUAUUGAAGGUGAAUAUUUGUAACUUUCUUAUUGGGACACUAAAUAUUCGUGGAAAUGAAACCUUGACUUCUAAAAGACCGAUGAAGAGCUUUAAAGGCUAAUGCAUAGCUACUGUACAUUAAAAGCUGGAGAAAUUAAGUAUUCAGUUACCAUAAAUCUAUUAGCAACUAUGCCAGCUGUUGUAAUACGCUUCUUAGAAAUCACAUCGACUGUAUGUGACAUGCAAAAUAAUGCUGCAUUUAAGCAUUUAUGCAGAUGGUACAGUCUACAUCUUCUGUUGAUCUACUUUCUUUGCAACUUGCCCUUUUAACAGUGACCUACUUCUUAACGGUUUUAGUUAUUGUACUCCUUUUCUUCUGUUUCUGCUGUCUAUCUCCUUUAUACUUGUUUUUCACUGCUGUUUCCGUAUGUGGACUGAAAAAGUUUUUAACUUAAAAUGAGUUUUAAUUCUGUCACCUUUGUUUCCAUGUGUAUUUAUGAGUUCUCAGAUGUAAAUGUGGAUAAAUGUUGCACGCAACUACUAGGCUUUUUGACUUACUGUAUAUGCAAAGUAGUCUAAUCCAAUACUGGAAGAAAAAUUACUACUGAACCCAUCAAAUAUGUUGCUGCUAAUUCAAGGUGUGAAGCUUACAAGGGCACAGAUGUUGCUAGUGUUCAGAUGGUGGUAAAAUGUUGACUUGCUGCCCUUCAGCAAAAACUGCUCUUAUCCAGUGAGAUGCAAUUCCUUUUGCAAGAGUUCUGCGGGUUUACUGUGUUUCUUGCUUUCUGGAAAUGCAGCUAAAUUCAUAUGAAGAUUUACAUGGAAAGAGAGAAUGAAUUUGUACAUUGAUGAGUAAUUCACCCUAAGGUACACUGGUCUCCAUUUCAUUUCAAAUGGGAGAAUUGGACUUUCUGGACAAUAUAACCACAUUUGUACGAUGUUAAUUUAUUUUGUGUGUGUUUUUUUGAUUACCCUGACAUUCAUUUUUGAAUAGUGUUUCAGAAAAAUAUUCUAAGAGAAUGUUUAAAAUUCUGUUAUUUAGAAGAUUAGACCUAAAUAAGGAAAAAAAAAUUAUGGGGCAUAUUAGCUAGAUGUUUAUAUGUGUAUAAAAGAGAAAAUUAGAUAAUUUUCUUUUUAGAGAUAUAUAUACACACACAUAUUCAGAUAUAUUUUAGAGUUACAGUUUGUAUUAUGGAUAUUAUGAUUUAUAUCUGGCGUUUCAUUAUAGAAACUGCCACAGCUGUACAAUAUGCAUCUCUCAUGUUACCAGAAGGUUAUGGUUUUUUUUUCCCUAGGAGACAGCUGAAAAGUGAAUGUAGGGUAUGCUAAAUUGCUGACUUGUCUUCUAUAGGCUUGGUCCUUUCUUCAAGAUUACAUUAUUAGAUAUAGGUAAAGAAGAUACCUGGUUACUAUUUAUUGAUAAAAAGAGUUUUAGUUGGAACAUGCAGCAUAAUUGGCAACAUGGAAAGCUUCUUGGCUUUGUUAGGUUGAAGGGUGAAUAAGUUUGUGCUCAUUCUUAUGUACUGCAUUCCAGAUUUCACUUGCACUGAAGUUUUUGUAAUACUUUGGAUCAUUAUCCUCUUGCUUGAUUAUCUGGGCACAGAUUGGAAGACAAGAGACCAUAACUCUGGUUCACUCUUAACUUGCUAAACUGCAUCAGGUCGUUCAAUCUGUCUGUGGCUCUAAAUGUAAAAUGAUACUGCACAUGCACAUGCUGCUCAGGAAGCUUUUUGGAAAAAUGCACGUGGAAAAAUUUUGUGCAAGUGCAGGCUUCCUGCUGCUAUUUAAGAGAGUACUGAGCAGUGAGAAAACCUAGUGGCUCUUUCCCAUGUGAGGAGUUGUGGGCACUAAAGAAUCUGUGCCUGCUGGGUAGUUAACAAAAGCCUCCCUUUUGUUAUGUGUGUGUACCUUUCUGUUAAAACAUUUUUUUUUCUUUUUUUCCUUUCUUUUUUUCCCCCCUAAAGUUUUGUUGUGCCCUGGUCUCAAAGUCAUCCCUUGUAGUUGGCAUGACUUGCAAUUACUAGUUUGUCAGGAAGUGAAAAAGGCAAGGAGGAAAACCCCAAGAAAAUAAAUAGUAGGAAAAUAUUUAGAGUAUUUCUUUGUGACAUCUGUUUUUUUCGUGCAAGUAUUUGAUUAAACUUACAAUUUAUUUGUGUUCAAAGUUAUUGCUGUAUUCCUGUUGCUAUUUAUGUUUCUUCAUGUUGAAUAUGUAUUUACCCAAACACUGUAAAUUUAUUCCUUAUAUAACUCCAGUCUCAAGAUACAUGGUAUAGCCUUGACUUAAAUUAGUCUGUCUGUGUGUAAAUGAUGAUGGUUGUAUUGUGACAACAAAUGCUGCUCUUGUUCUGGAAAACUUAAAUGGCUUCAGUAAUAUCAUUCACGAAUUCUUACUUGGGUUUUAAUAAUUUGUUUGAAAUUGUUGGCUGCUGAGAGACUACUCAAAACUAUAAAAAUAGUAAUCUCUGUAAUAUUUGAUUAUUUUUUUUAAACCAUAGAGCAAAUAUUAACUACGCAAGUAUCUUGUA